CUCCCACAGACCCCUGGAAGAAGGGCAAUAGAUCAAAACAAUCCAAAACCUAUUGGUUAGGGGGUCUCUAUAACAAAAUGCACACCCACACAUACAGUAGUACAUUGAUGUAUAUAUUAUAUAUAUACAUUGCUUGUAUGAAAGGCUUAGGAAGGUACACCCUCAAUUUCUGCAAAGGCAAAGGGGAUUUGCAUUGUUUGGGUUCAAGUUAUUCCACUUCUGGAGUUCUGGAGUGGCUCUUUAAUGCUACGAAGCUGAGCCAUGUGCAGUGAAGCUGAGCCUGGCGACAAGUGGUUCCAGGGCGCGAGACAAGCCGGCCAGGGUCCAGAGCAUUGGGGAAUCUCCCUUGAGCAACUGGAAUCUUUGGAGAAACAAACUGGGAAAGCCAUGACGAUGAGAGAGGUGGUUGAGAGUCAAAUCAAGCCAAUGACCAAAACAACAGGCCUGGGCUAUGCUUUAAAGCUGAACCUCCAGCGGCCGCUUGUUGCCAAAGUUAUGGUGUCUCACGCUUGGGAUGAAAUUUAUGUCCACUUAGUAGCUGCUCUGAAGUGCUUCAUCCGGAUCAGCAGUCAGAAUCAUCAUUGUGCUGUCGGCACAGAGGGUUAUUGGGUUUGUGCCACUGCCAUUUAUCAACCAGAAGAUGUAGAAGAGCUCACGAUUGCAAAACAGCUCGGUCCAGAUCCCAAUCAUGGACCAUUUGCAGCUGUUCUUCGACAGGCGUCCGCGAUGGUGGCUUGCAUCACCGAAGCUUGCGAUAUUUACUCGCGCAUGUGGUGUGUCUUCGAAAUCUUCAUGGCGAAGGAGCUGGGAGUUCAAGUCUACAUGGCGAAUGGUGCCGAAGAAGAAGAACACACCGGUACCACGGUCUCUCUUUCCAGACUCAUCGACCCCAUGGUGGAUGCAUUUGGUGAGCAAUGCUUGAAGCCUGCGAACUCACUGGCUGCUAGAUGCGGGAAGCCUUCCCUGCAAAUGAAUAAGGAUGAAGAAAUGAUUCGUGAGGCAAUUCAAAGAUGUCCUGGGCAAUUUGACGCAGUGGAUCACGCUGUGGAAGAGUCCCGCUUGGAUGCCUUGCGCCGUUUUUUGGAGGAAGAGCGCGCCAAAUACAAUUCGUUUCAAGAGUGCAAGCCCAUGCUACUGCAUUUCUAUUGCUCAAAAACGGAAGAGCUGGAAGCCACUGAAAGGCACUUUGCCAAGGUUUUCAAUUUGUACAAUGAGGUGAUGCAUUCCGUCGAAGAACGGCUCCUGUGCCUCAGGCAGCAGCUGGAGAAGAGAGGCUCCAAGCAUGUGGGAGUCACGAGUAAAAAUCGCUGUGGGUGAUUUCGAUUUUCAGAGGGCCUCUGGCAGGACUGGCCAAUGGCCUGGGCACUUUUCCUGGCACAUUGCCGUUGCAGAAGCCCUUUCCUCUUGAUAGAGAGCGUUCUGAAAGGGUGUGAUUCAUUGAUACAUGCCUUUCCGUUAAAGGUAGUCCAGGCUUUUAAUGUUUGCUCAAUCUACCUGGUGGCCAUGUGGCAAAAGUGCUACCCCC